AUGGACGGUUAUAGGAACUACCUCGCCCAGGCGAUAUUGACUGAGGAUAAAUUGGUCACAUAUCGGCUGCUGAGCCGCGCAUUGAAGGUCCAUGUCAAUACUGCCAAGGAAAUGCUAUACGAAUUUCACAAGUGGCAGAAUGACAAACGUCCAGGCACACUUCAUGCAACAUAUUUGGUUUAUGGAACAAGCAAAAAGCCAGAGGAGCCUGACAACGACGUAGAGAUGACAGACUCUCAAUCAGAACCAUUAUCAGACGAGGUCCCUACGACCACUCUCACGUUGGUAGUGGAAGAGCAGCUGCAAGAGGCUCUACAGCGAUACGACGAGGUUACUUCAAUUCACGUCUAUAGCUUGGCGCCGCACCCUCUGAAGGACCUGCAGCUGCUGGCCGAGCCAGGUUCGACGGUAAUCCAGAUGGCCAAAGAGGAAGAUUUGGUUCAGACCGGCAAAGUCUAUGGAAUGAUCACGAAUCCGGGCGUGCACAAGAGAGAACGCAAAAACGGUGUGCCCAGGGAAGCAUCUUCAGCACCAGCCGUGAAACUCGAGCCGAAGCCACAAACCAAGCAAGAAGCCAAGCCAACAGUCAAGGCAGAGCCGAAGGCAGCUGAAGCGGCACCAUCCAAGGAGGCGAAAGCCCCUGCAAACAGUACCGCAAAGAAGAGCAGUGCCGCUCCAAGUCUGAAGAGACAGGGCUCUUCUGGGGGUAUUAGCCAAAUGUUUGCAAAAGCAGCGGCAAAGCCUAAGAAGCCUGCAUCCAAAACGACGUCCACUACACCAUCUGUCGCCGACACGCCGAGUCCGGCGUUAUCGGACGAUGGCGAAGACGAUUCAGAAAUGCCUGACGUCCAGCCUGAUCCUGAAGCUGGCAAGGCGCGGAGGAGUAGACAAAAUGAGCUACGCCGAAUGAUGGAGGAAAGUGAUGAGGAGGUUGAGUCUAAACCUGAAACCCCGGCAGAAGAACCAAUAGAAGAGGACACUCUGGCCGAACCAGAGCCUAAGGCUGAAGAGGUCUCAGCGGAGGUGCUCUCUAGUACUGGCGACGGCCGAAAACGUGGGCGGAGGAGAGUCACGACAAAGAAACAAGUCAUGGAUGACGACGGGUACCUGGUCACUAUUCAAGAACAGGGUUGGGAAUCAUUCUCGGAAGAUGAAGCUCCUCCGCCUUCAAAGCUAAAGAUGGAGAAAGCCGAGAAGCCAGCUCCUGCUGCGAAGAAAAAGGCGUCUGCGAAAGGACAAGGCAAUAUCAUGUCGUUCUUUGCCAAGAAAUAA